CUGACAAAAAUGCCCAUGGAGUCAGAUUUAGGAGAGCGACGAGCGAGCGAUGGGCAGUAGCAGUGGAGCAGAAUAUCACUCGAAGAAGAUGGCGGAGUUGAGCAAAACCCUAAAAGAAGGGGAGCGAAUUCUCGCGCCCAGUCGGCGGCCCGACGGCACCCUCCGCAAGCCCAUCCGCAUCCGCGCUGGCUAUGUCCCUCAAGAAGAAGUCGCCAUUUACCAAUCCAAAGGUGCUUUGUGGAGGAAGGAGAUCGCUUCACAGGAUGGGCCUCCAGGCUACGAGCCGGCAUUGGAUGCAAAGCCUAAAACAAAGUCUGCCAAGAGGAAUGAGAAAAGAAAGGAAAAGCGGCUACAGGCUGCUCUUGAAAAGGGUAAAAAUUUAGAUGCAGAUGUAGCUGGGAGCAUUGAUGAACAGGAAAGACAGUCUAAUGACGUCUCCGGUAAUGAACAAGAAUCUGUUAAAGCACUGACAACUCAGAUGAAUGAGCUUACUACAUCUGCAAACGCUGCUGGAACCGUCUCUUCCUCAGAUGCACAGGAGGAGGGAACUAAUCUCGGCUGCCCAAGUCAAGAUAUUGAUAAAAGAAUUCGAGCACUUAAGAAGAAGAUUCGAUUAGCAGAAGCUCAAAAUCAGAAAACCCCACAGGAAGGUUUGAAGUCCGAGCAGUUGGAGAAAUUGACAAAGGUAGAAGCUUGGCGGCAGGAGCUAAAGCUUCUUGAGGAUAAGAAGACUGAAUUGGUGACGUCAUGAAAUUAUUCUUGCAUUUGGCAUGAGAGAGCUGUGCAGUUACAUUGUCCAAGCGAAGCUCGGGGUGGGGGAGAGACUUCCUAUGAUGAAGAACAGGUGCACUUGAAAAAUCAUCUCAAGUUGGCAGGGUGGAUGAUGCUGGGCCCCUCCAUUUCUGAUGUCAAAUUUGGUUUCUCAUGUAUUUUUUAUUUAACUCUUCGUGUUCACUUAUUGGUCCUUGAAUUUAUUGUUAAUUUAGAUGUU